AUGCCUAAGCGCAGAGCAUACACGAUCAGAGAGGAGGAGGAGGAGGAGGAAGAGGAGGCCGAGUUCUCCCAGGACAACGUUGAGGAUGAGCCUCCCAUGAAGCACAAGAAGUUGUCCAAGCUAUCCAAGGCAUCCACGGGAAAGUCAAAGAAAAGAGAUAUCAGUGACGAUGAGGAGGAUGACGAGCCGGUAACAAAAAAGAGAAAGGCGAGGUCGUCCAUCUCGAAAGCUCAUGAAGACGACGACGACGACGGUAUUGUCAUCAAGGCCAAUGACGAAGGCGAGAAAUACAUCGACUUGGGUAAAAAGCGACGCGCCACCGUUAGUACAUUCAAGGGCUUGAUAUUUCUCGACAUCAGAGAGUAUUUUGGACCGGAAUGCGACGAGAAACCCGGCAAGAAAGGUGUCACUCUGCAGUGGGAGCAGUGGGAGAAACUGAAGAACAGUAGCGAAGCGAUCGACAAACUUUUCACUCAGGUCAAAAGAAUGAAGUGA